GCGAUCAGCGAGUAGGGAGCAGGUGGCUGACUGUAGAUGUUUGCGCUCGGGGGACUGUGACAGAAUCCACACAGUGGGAUAGGAGUCAUGUGGAGGCACCGUUCCAGGGGCGCUGUAACCACUGCCGUGGACGACCUGGACCAGCUCCGCGAGAGAAGGAUCCAGCGUCUGCGACUGACUCUGCAUGCAGGUGACCAGCAUGAAACUAAGACAGCCAGUACAAACACGGGCGGCUCUGAAAACAGCCCGGCGCAGGAUGGCACCCAGCGCCCCGUAUCUGCGACUCAGGACGGGAAAGCGCCCGCUGAGCUCAGCUCCAGGAGGAAUGGCUACGUCCAGGCGGAGAGGCCAGCUGGUGCAGAGGCAAAGGUCCUGACCCUUGCCGCUGUAGCCAAUGGGGUGAGCGAGAAGUCGCCGCAGAGGAAGUCCCAGGUCCAUGGAGGAGUGCAGCAGGGUGACACCAACCUCCAACAGGAGGCGAUGGUGCACGAGUGGUCUGUCAAUCAUCUGAGAGAUGAGAUGAACUAUAUUAAAGAUGUGAGAAACUCGCUGGAAAAGCUCAGAGAGCGGAUGUAUGGGCAGUUCGGUGGAAUGCAGCAUUCUGUGCAGAAACUCUCUCAAGACAUCAGGGCUGCAAAUGUGCAGAGGCAGGACCUGGAGGCACAGGUGAAGGUGCGCACAGCAGCCAUGGAGAGUCUGGACCAGAUGAACAGUUCCCUGCUAUCUGCCAACAUCAGCCUGCAGAAGUCCUUGUUGGAGAACUGCCUGCAGCGCGUGGAGAAGCAAGACGAGCUGAAGAGCCUGCGCAGCUCCUGGCAGAGGGCCGAGGCCCAGCUCAGGGAAAGGGACCAACAGCUAGCUGCUGCCCGUGCAGAAAACCUCAACCUCCGCCUACAGGUAGAAUCCUCCCAGGAGGCCACCUCCCAGGCACUCCAGGAGAUGUCCCAGAAACUGCAGAGUCAAUAUGAAGAGCAGCUGAAGGCAGAACAGCAGAAACACCGGGAAGAGAUUGAAGCUCUGCAGGCACAAAUUGACCAAUAUGUGAGCCGUCUGGAGGAGGCAGAAGGGAAUGUCCGGUUAGCAGAGGCCAAGAUUGCUGAGCGGGACCAAAGGAUCAGUGAGGUGGAGCGCCUCCUUGAUUGCAUGGGACAGGAGAAGAGCCAGCUGAUGGAGAAGCUGCAGGACUGCGAGGAGCAAAUACACAUACUUGAGCAGACAGACCAUGUGGAUGAAGCCAUACUGAACAAGUCUGAGCAGCUGGAGAGUGAAGCUGCUGAGCUGAAGGAGAGAAUCAAGCACUUAAAUGACAUGGUGUUCUGUCAGCAGAGGAAAGUGAAAGCCAUGAUUGAGGAGGUUGAAAUGUUACGAGCCACAGUGGUACAGAAGGAUCUGUUCAUUACAGAGUUGCUGGAUAGGAUAGCCAUGGCAGACUGUGAGAACAAGUCCAAACCUGUGGUGGAAACCAGAGAUGUCGGGGUGAGCUGUGAUCUACCCAUCAGGCGAUUCCUUCAAUCCCUCCCAGAUAAAGGGAAGAAGAUAUCAGACUCUGUAGAGAGACUUCGACUUGCUGUCGCCAAACACGAAGAAGAAGAUAAAAAGAAGAACGCAUUGUUGGCUGUGAGGGCAGAGUUUCAGUCUCAGUACCAGCGAGCGUUAACCCAGCGUCAGAGUGGCAGCUGCAGUCGCACACAAGCCCCUGUGCUUUCAGAAAUUUCCCACAAACCCACAGAAGCUGUAAACAUGGCAUCUGAAGUGGUCCCGGGACUAGAGGCUUUGUGUACAGGCAGGCUGCACGGCAUCAGUGCUGAUGAGCUGAACAGCACUCCCAAUGGUGUCGCUACAGCUCCACUUGACAUCGACACAUCUACUGACGCCAGAACACUCAUGGGCUCUGGAGAGGCUAAAGAAAAGGACUUGGCAGAAGCGUUGGAGAGGGUCACGCUGUCCGAUGACUCAGAUGGCUCCAGCCUGUCAGAAAAUGCCAGAUCAAAUGAUGGGAUUGUGGACAAUCCAUUUUGGGGAAGUCAGUCAUGCAGAAAGCCACACUGCAUUGAAAUUUUGGAGAAAACUGAGAUGAAUUCUUUGACAAGGAAACCAAAAUUCAAGCCUAAUCAACUAAUCCAAAAGACUGAGAACUCGUCGACGGGCUCUAGUUCACCUGACCGAUCUCCCGGAGGAACAUUCUCCCAUUCAGUGCUCUCUGUUGAAGCCAGGAGACAGCGGGACCGGAAGCACCUGGAUGAGAUUACCGCAGCUAGACUGCCGCCGCUGCAUCACAACCCCGCAAUGCUUCUGACUCUGGAGGAGUCGGCUGCCCUACAGCGUGAACAGGCCAGGAAGUUUGAGGAACUGCAGGCAAAGCUGGCUGCUCAGAGGCUCUCCGAGCGCCUGGGUAUGAGCAUGGGAAGCUACAGCCCAGAGGGAGAAAUGCAGGGGCGCUACAGGGAGGUCAUGGAAGAUCCAUCCGAACAUUCCUCUGAGGAGGAUUAGCUGUGCUGGGGGUCAAAGGGGAUUGUCCAUCAGACUUUGACUGAAUUAGCUUUUGACAUUGCAGGAUUUAAUUUUGCAAUGUAACAAACUUUUAAAUUGUCACCAAGAGCCUUUCUUAAUAGUUCUUUAUAUUUGUAGUCAAAGUGUUACCAUGAGCAUCUAAGACUGCUACCUGUGGACAUCAUGAGUGUGAUGAGGGUCUUGCAUGUAUUGGGACAGCAAGAAUAUUGAUCUGAAAUCACUGCAAUACAGCUGUAACACCAUCCAUUUCUGCAAGAGUUCUAGCAGUGAUCCUGCUGCAGUGUGAAAAUACUGGGGGGGGGGGUCACUAAAUUAUUCAGAGAGAAAUAUUUUUGUACUAUUAAAUAAGUGUUCUUCUGUCAUGCUUUCCAUUUUCACUGGGGUUCAUCAAAAGGAUAUUAAUGGUUCAGUGUUUUUGAAAGAGCAUUGCAUUAUUUAAAAGCAUUAAAUACUCAUUUAUUUGUACUCCUAGUGGACAGAAAUAUUUCCCCAUUGCCUGGUACAAAGGGAAAACUUUGAAUUAAACAGUAAUUUAAAUUGAACCCUGAAUUUCAUAGAAUUACCCAGCAUCUGAAAAUUGAACUUUGACUGCUUUGGUUUGAUAUACUGAAUUUACAGGACAAGUCAUUUUUUUGUUUAUUACUGACAGAUUCUUAAUGCCUACUGUUGAGCAUAUGUUUAGGUUUACUGUAUAUGGCUUAUUUUAUAACCUGGGCUGGGGAAAAAAGGAAAGUGAUGUUAUCAGUGCUGAUAUGUAUGACAUGGUUUUGGAAAAAUUCUGAAAAUGUACAGUGAAUUACUGAAAACCUCAAAGGAGGUAGACCAAUGUCUAAACUCUUCCAUCUGGACUAGAUUUAGAUUAUGUUUCUUUUCUGGGUGGCAGGGCAUGAUGGGAUGCCAGUGGAAGGGGCGAAAGAUGCAGCUCUCACUCCAGCAGCAGAGAUAAGG